UUUACAGUGAAGCGCCGCUCGAAGAGUGCACAUGCAGGCCGGGCAUUGACUUCAGGUGAUGAGACUAGUGAGUCGGGCAGCGCCACCGAUGUGGCUGGCCGCCCAAAAAUAUCACAACCCAAAUCGAUAACGUUCAAUUUGAGUCAGAACAGCACAAUUGAAUAUCAGCGGCGACAGUUCUUCGAACAGCCCAGCACAUAUGGCAGCUAUGGUAGUGGCCGUGGCGGAACCAACAGUUGGACUCAUCAGCCAAUGUACCAGCCGCAACAGCAUCAGUCGCGAAACGUCAUCACUACGGGCAUGCACACAAAUGUUAUCGUUCGCCCCACACCGCGUGCACCGCCAGCCAGUUUUUCAAAGUUUACACUCCAAACAGUCAGUUUGCCGAAACCAGAGUUUCCAGUGGCCAUAAGUGUAGGUGCCACGACACCAACUACACCUGGUAGCGUUUACACACCAUCGCCCACGAUGACUAGCACUUUGACGGGAGCACGCGCCAAAGAAGUCCAAUCGCAACACCCUUUAACUAUAGUGGCAUCCGCCAGUGUAGCGCAUACACCCGGCGGGCAACCGAUGGACCUGAAGACCGCUAAGCAAAUGGCUAACAAUACGCGCCGCGGCUUCUCUGGUAGUCGUGAGAUCUCUGCGGAUUCAGGUAUUGCCAGCAUGGAUAUGGCAUUGGAUAGUUCUGUUUCGAGCGGCGCUGGCCAUAUUAAAGGUCGUACAGCUUCGCCCAAACGUAGCCGCAGUCGUCCGCGAAACUUGCAAAUGGUCAUGAAUGGACGUCACAAAUUCGAAGUGCGCGAUCUGGAUGAUCCGUUAUCCAGCGAGUCUAGUUCGAUUGUAGAGCCGCUCGCUUUGCCGAAACUACCCAAUGAGAAUCAAACUGUACCACUACCACUCUGUGGUCUUGUGCGCUCCAAUACUGUACUGAGUCGCGAAAGCUAUGAACGAAAUGGUGGAAUUGGCGGCACGAGGAGUGCAGCUAACGGCAAUCAGAUAACAAAGCAGGUCGAUGUGGGACAACCCCGUCCCACUACGGCGCCAGCCCAGUGUAGCAUAACGCGAAACUCCUCGGAGGAAAGUGAAGGCGUAGAUGAAGAAAAACUAUACUUGGAUCGCUCAACAUCAGAAAAGGGCAAUAGGUUUAAAGACAUUAAUACCUGUUCAAGCAAAACAUCCUCACCAGGCAGCUAUAUGCUUUCCUGGUGCAAUGCCGGCGAAGCGCUUGCCGUAAAAGAUUGCAGCAGCCUCAGUAUUAGCAGCGAAGAUAGCAAUAAAUUACAAGAAGAAGUCCACAAAGAUAAAGAUAAGGACACGGAUACUGAAAAAAAUGAGAAGCAGAAAGCUAUGCAUAUGUCAGUCGAUCUAAACGAUGAUGAUAUAAGCGGUAUAGUAACUGAAAUGCAAGCCAGUACACUAUUUUCGUUUUCCGAACCUGUGUCAACGACGAACAACCUAACCGGUACAACAGCACGCGCUGUACUACGAAGUAAUGCAGAAAACACAACUAUUGCCGAAAAUCAAGAUAUGGAAAAACCUGAUCGUCCUAAAACAUUUUACAAUACCCUUAAUGAGACGAAGUUUGCCGAAAUGGCUUUAGCUGGCAGCACUUAUCUUUUAGAUGAUGAGACCUCGCCCACCGACAGUUUGGUGAGCAGCACAGAAUCUGAGGAGGCGGCAACCAAGCAGAAGAAGCACAAACUAAACGAAGAAUUGCAAGAGAAGGACAUCGAUGAGAUUUCACCUGAACUGGAGAUGGGUAGUCCCAUCUCACCGGGCACUCCAACGCACGCUUCACAUUCGUUAUCACUCUCCGAUUGCGGCAACUUGAUUGACGAUGAGAUCGCCGAUCAACCGGCAUUGCUGUUUAACAGCGAAGCGCACGACCUAGUCGAUAGUUUAACUUCGCACAAAGAUAAGACGGAUACACCAACACUCAUGGAAAAUACCGGUUCAAUGCGUUCGCUGAAAAGUCAAUCCAAGGCACGCAGUGCUCUCCAACAAGCGAUCGAGUUGAGCUUACGCACGCCACUGUCGCUGCGAAAGGCAGUAAUGGAGCGCGCCGAUUCGCUCGAUACGCUCUCGCCAUGCGAAUCCAUUUGCUCCGAUGAUCUUAUGAUGGAUUUUGAUAUACAUAGCAGCGUGGACUCAAUCGAUCGAUCUAGUUCUGUAAAGAGUCGCAGUGGUUCGGAUCUACAUAAAAUAGGAGAUACUGAAUUAUUCUCGGAGCUGGAGCGUAAAGGCAGCGAUGUGAUGAAAGAGCUGAAUACUAUUCUACGUCUGCAUACCAAUAGAAGCUCCGAAAAGGACUCUGUCAUCGCUCAUUUGCCUGCUCGUGCAACACGUCUACUUAACCGCUCGCGUCUACAACAACAACAGUACCCUGCUGCUAAUGCCAGUGGUCUAUCGGCGAAUGCUGGUGCUGCUGGAACAUCUGGCGGCGGCGCAGAUUCUGAUAGCUCCAAAUCAACACAUAGCCUGCGACGUAGUGCUGCCGCCUCGCGCGCAUCAAACGCUUCCACGUCUUCGACGAAUGCUUCACAACCGACCAGUAGUAAUUUCCAUCAUCAAAAGCACUUUCAACAUCAUUACUCGCAACUUUAUCGCGAUUCGCACAGUUCAUCGGACGACCUAAUGCUGUAUGAUAAAUCAUUUCGCAAUGCAAUGAUUCAGGACGUGCUGCAAUUUAAGAAGCAGCUGUUGCGGCUACGACGCAUUCUACAGGAGGACGAAGAUCAUUUGAUGAGGACGGAUACUCUCAACCCAUUCGACACCGACAAUGGGCAACUCUUCGCUGCCUGUGGCUUAGAUAGCAAACUGCUGGAUGACAUGGACUUGGCCAGCUUAACAUCAUCCAACACAGAUGACCCUAUGGUGGAGUUAGCCGAUCUACGAAGACAGGUGGUUUACCUUCAGGGUGAGGUCGAAGAUCGUGAACGCACAAUACGUUUACAAAAAAAUAAAAUUGAAUGUUUGGAGUUGAAAAGGCCGGAAAUCAGUAGUGACACCACAAAGGAAUGCAUAAAUACAGCAACACAAACAGAUAGGACACGACCUUAUUCAUAUGGUCCGGAGGGAUUGUCAAGCGUCUCUAUGCAACACCACGAAAACCCACUACUAUUCCGACUCGCUUGUUAUUGCAAGCGAAAAGCUUUACAAUACUUCAAUUAUCUUAAAACUAAAAUACCCACAAAACAUUUUGCCUCCAGUCAGAUACUAAUCGCAUCCUUUCCAGCAGCUGCACGGCGCUUCUUCACUAUAAUUCACCGCAAAUUGCAACAUUUCAAAGACAACUUCGGUGGCAUUGUAAUCGGUUGCCUAAACGGCAUCACAGCGCCAAGUAGCCAAAGCGGCAUCGGUGUUGGUGUUGGUGUAGCUGUUGACUAUGAUGGCUGGCGAUCGUGCCUUAGUCGCAUCGAUAGCACCUUGCAACGGCUUGUUGCAUUUGCAUGUGCAACGUUGUUGCGCUUCACGCGCAGUUGCGCCGAUUUGCAUAGUUGGCGUUGUUUGGCUGCAAAUUGCAGACAGCUUUCGUGCAAUAUUUUGACAUGCUACAACACAAACUGCAGCAACUACAUGCAUCAUCACUAUUAUCGCGGCCUAGUUGCAUACCGCCAUGGCUGGGCCAAUUGGCUCCAUUUACGUGUGCGCAAUGUAAGCGAUUUGCUUGCGACGAACAUCUUUUGUUUCUUUCACUAUCUACAACGAAUUUUGCCUUAAGCAAUUUGUUUUUGCGAAAUUUCGUGAAAUUAGAAAGACAAAAAAACAAAAAGAAUACUAACAACCAAUGAAUGUAGUAUAAAAAUAUACAAUGGUUUGUAGGAGUUGGGAAGAGGGAAAUUAAUUAACGUGCUUGUUUAAUUAUGUAGUACAUACUUCAGUUAGGCUACGUUCCAGAAAUAAUUAAUUUUUUUCUAAUUUCAAAAUUUCUAUGCAUCAUUGAAUAGUUAUGUAAACCUAUUUUCAUAGAUAUGUAUGUACCUGAACUUAGUUACAGAGCGUAUAUGUAUAUUCGCACUAUUUACAUGCAAUUUUUUCCAACAUUUUUCUUACUUUCACACUUCCUUAUAAAAGUAUGUAUAUUGCUUCAUAAAAAUAGCUAAUCUCAUAAAUUUCUCUUUCAUGCUGCCUUUUUUAAAUGGGUUUCGGGAAUUAUUAUAUUUAUAAAAAAUAAAAUAAUAAUAUAUUUAAAUAAAAAAUAUGCAUUAUGUUAACGCACACAUACACACACAAACACAUGCAUACACACGUACUUGCACAUUAUUACACAAUAACGCACCAAAACAUUCUACUGAAUUGUGUCAACUGGUAAAAACUUAUAGACUACGCUUUGGCGAAGAACAGGUACUGUUUUGUGAUCUUAUCAUGGCUGUUAUGGUUUUAUGCGCCAUUAACAUUAUUUGUAUACUACAUA